CCCCGCCGGCGGCGCCGGGGUGGAGCUGAGGCACUGCCGCCGCCGCCCCGGCCCGGCCAUGCUGGACUUCGCCAUCUUCGCCGUCACUUUCCUGCUCAUCCUGGUGGGCGCCGUGCUCUACCUGUACCCGGCAUCUAGGCAAGCAUCAGGUAUCCCUGGGCUGGCUCCAACUGAUGAAAAGGAUGGUAAUCUGCCAGAUAUCAUUGCCAGCAGGAGUUUACAUGAGUUUCUGGUGAACCUUCAUGAGAAAUAUGGCCCACUGGUCUCUUUCUGGUUUGGAAGGCGUCUUGUUGUCAGCCUCGGCUCCAUUGAUCUCCUGAAACAACAUAUUAACCCCAACCGGUUGUUGGAUCCCUUUGAGACAAUGCUGAAGUCCCUCUUGAGGUACCAGUCCAGCCUGAAUGGGGAUACAGGAGAGAGCCACAUGAGGAGAAAGCUGUAUGAAAACGGUGUGACCAAGUCCUUGCAAAGUAACAUUGCUCUCAUCCAGAAGCUGUCAGAAGAGCUGCUAGCCAAAUGGCUCUCCCUUCCCGAGGCACAACAUGUGCCACUCUGCCAGCACAUGCUGGGCUUUGCCAUGAAGUCUGUCACGCAGACAGCAAUGGGCAGCAGCUUUGAAGAUGACCGGGAAGUCAUCCGAUUCCGCAGGCACCAUGAUGCAAUCUGGUCAGAGAUUGGGAAAGGUUUCUUGGAUGGGUCUCUUGACAAAAACAUGACUAGGAAGAAGCACUAUGAAGAUGCUCUGGUGGAGAUGGAAUCCGUCUUAAGGAAAGUUACAAAAGAGCGCCGAGGCAGAUCAUUCAACAGGCAUGUCUUUGUAGACAUCUUGCUGCAAGGGAGCCUGAGCGACCAGCAGAUUCUGGAAGAUACAAUGAUUUUUACCCUGGCAGGAUGCAUAAUCACUGCUAACUUGUGUACCUGGGCAGUCUAUUUCCUGACAACCUCAGAAGAUGUCCAGCAGAAUCUCUACAAGGAGGUGGACCACAUUCUGGGGAAGGGACCAAUUACACUUGAGAAAAUUGAGCAGCUCAGAUACUGUCGGCAAGUCCUGUGUGAGACAGUGCGAACAGCAAAGCUGACCCCCAUUGCUGCACAGCUGCAGGAGCUGGAGGGCAGAGUCGACCAACACACUAUCCCCAAAGAGGCACUUGUGCUUUAUGCUCUUGGUGUGAUGCUGCAGGAUAGUUCAUCUUGGCCAUCACCAUACAAGUUUGACCCAGAGAGAUUCAAUGAGGAAUCAGCCAUGAAAAACCUGUCCUUGUUGGGUUUUUCAGGAAGCCAGGAGUGCCCGGAGCUGAGGUUUGCCUAUCUGGUGACUACAGUCCUGCUGAGUGUGCUGGUAAGGAAACUGUAUCUCCACCCAGUGAAAGGACAAGUCAUGGAGACAAAAUAUGAACUGGUAACCUCACCAAAGGAGGAAGCCUGGAUAACGGUGUCCAAGAGAAGCUAAGAGGAAGCAAAACAAGGGUUUGAAAAUGCCAAUAGAGAAGUUCUGAGCAAGGGUCUUGAGGAGAAUCAUGCUGGCACCACGUUGACUCAGCCAAGGAAUUUUACAUCCAGUUUUUUUUACCUUCUACAUUCUUAAGCACAUGCCUAUCUCGGGUACUUUUUUUAACUCAACUAGUAGUCAUAUUAAAGUAGAUUUAAUCUGUAUGCCUUUUUUACAUUUGCUUUUGGAUUUCUGGCCAAAUCAUUGCAGAGGAAGCAACAAAACCUUUCAGUGAUAUAUGUAUGAACUAUUGGGUAUCAGCUAGUCAAAGACCAGCCCCUUUCCAAUAGCAGCCAGAGCUGGAUAAGAGUGCCUCUGUUAUCCAGUGGAAUGCUUCUUCAUGGAUCCUAACUAGAUAAGAUCUUGGAGACACAAGGACAAAGCCUUUCUCUAUAUAUAGGUAUUUUUAUUCAAAGUGUCUUUCCUUCCCUUGAGCUAUAUCUAUAACUGUCAAGAAGAGCAGAUACAUCUUGUGAGAAGUAUGUGUGAGUGUGAGAGAGAAAGAGAGAAAUAAAGUGGGGUGGGAAUUGCACCAGUUCUCUUGCUGUAUAAUCUUGGCAUGCUGUGGGGUUGCAAGAGAAAGAAUGACUGAGAAAUGCUAGUAAACCAAGAGGAAUAAAAUUGGUUUGGCCCCUGAGAAAACAGAAGUAUCAGUAAUAACAUAAUGAAAUUAAAUAAAACCGUAGAACAAAGCCCUGAGAAAGGGAUUCUCUAUCCUGAAAGUUCUGAGGGCAGUGUCUAAUAUAAUCUACAUCAGAAGCUGACAGAUGCUUUCAGUUCAUUCAGCACUGGGUCAGCCUGAGAUUGAUCAUACAAAUGCUGGAAAGGCAGAGUGCUGAUUUUAUAGAGCUCUAGAUUAAUGUUGUACUUAAUAACUUAAAAGCCUUUCAAAGAAUCUUUUUCCUCCUCCAAAAUGGGUGCCAGCCAAAGCAGCAUCAAGUGCUGCAUGUUCACAUGCUUUUCCCUACUUCUUUCUUUCUCUUUUUGUCCACCACAGGACAGCUCCCGAAAGAUUUUUCAGAGUGCCACUGAAAAGGUUGUGAAGCAGGAACCUCUUCCUCCAUCAUCACAUUGGAGUAAUUGCCAUCUGACUUCCUUUUCAGGUUGUGUUUCUCCCUUUUCUUGCUUACGCAGGAUCACCCUUUAUCUUCAUUUCCUUUAUCAGGAAAUCUACUGGUCUUGUAAAAAUGUUCUUGCUCUUGUAUUGCUGCCGAGUGCCAGCCUGAAUGCAGUCCUGUCAGCUCUUAUGGAGUUAACAUCUGAUGCCAGCCUCUGUGGGCACAAGACAAAGAAAAUUCUGCUCUUGGGUUUAAUGUGUCAGCUCUGCUUUUGGUCGAGCUGUAGAGAUUCAGAUCCCCUUCAGUGCAGCUUCUGUUGGGGGAGAGGUGACACAGAGAUGCUGGGCAGAAAAAGGAGGGUUGUGCAGUUCAGCUUCCUGCCUCUCUUGCAUUGAUUUUUAUAAUGAACUGCAAGAAAGCUCUUGCUAAUCUGACCUCCACUUAACUCAAGGUUGGUCAUGUCCCCAGAUAGCAAUUCGUGUUAGGCUUUGCUUCACUGCUUAUGCAAACAGGCCUAUUUUUCUUGAAGGUUGCAGAUGUUUCCUAAACCACCUGGAGAAAUCAGCAUGAUAAAGGAUUUUAGUUUAAAUCAUCCUUGGUGUGCAGAGGAGGUAAAACAGAGGUCAAGGUAUUGCCUUCUUGGGAAAAUAUGGUAGGAUAACAUUGUCCCUGCCAGGAACUUGACAAGGAAUAUAAUUGUGUGGCAGAAAUCUGCUUUCUUUUAGCUGUGUCAUAGGAGUGAAGCUUUUGGACACUAGAAAAGCUUCCCAAGUGUAAUUGUCCAGACUUCUGUUACAGCAUUUCUCUGCCUUGCUGGAGCUGUUCAAGCCAACUGCCUUGCAACAACCCUUCCCCAGUUACAGGAAUCAGAAAUGGGAGUGAUUCCAUAUAAUUUGUUAUGAAUUUCCCAUCAGCCUCCACCCACAGAGUCUAUCUGGGCCAGUGAUCAAGCAUGCUACAGGAGUCCAUGACUGAUACAGGAGAAGAAUGUGGCCCAGUGUUCUGGAGAAAGCCAGUGAUCAGUUUGUGUUUGCUCAAAACUGUCAAAAAAGCACCCUGACUCAUCAGUUAAGGAAAUGUGUUGAGCAUGGAGGGAAAGGGGGCGGGUGAGGUGCUCUCAAGCAUUUGUUAUGCACUGCUGGGACACUGAGGUCACAGCCACAUUGUUUGCUGAAGUCUGUAAGUUUCCGUUCUUCACUCUAUGUGUGUCAGUCAUUUCAAACAGCUUAACUACAAAGAUUUUAGCCCAGCUGUGGAUCCUUGUGCAGCAAACCUUCUUUUUUUGUAUGAGAAUGUUCAUGGAUUGGAGCUUUCUCAUGAAGUUUUAAUCUAUUUUGAUUUGAAGAUUGAAAUACCAGUUUUCUCCCAAUUUCUGCCCUCACCCCUUGUCCAGCAUGCGCUAUCAGCUGGUUCUUGUUUGGCCUGGCUUCCUCAGGAAGACUUGUGUUCAUAGAGUGUUCCCCCUUCCCACUCAUGUUUGGCUACUUUCUCCGUUCUCUUCUCACAAGAAGUAACUUCUGAGCCUUGGGCCAAAUCAGCUGCAUUUGACAGAGAUCAGGGUAUGAAAUGUCAACACUGUUGUGUUCCUGCAAAUUUUGUGGGGAAAAAAAAAAGAGAAAAGUGUCUGGACAUAGGGAGUCUAGAUGUGUCACAAGAUUGCAGUCAAAGCUGAAGCAUUGUUAGAUGCUGGCCUGGGGAAAAGCCUGAGUCAGCGCCUGCACUGUAGCAGAUAGCCAGUCUCAGGAGUCCAGUCAGUAAAGAACAGGGUUUUGUCAGUCCUGCUGCUCAGCCCCAUGCACUAAGGACACAUCUAAAGCCCAGAGAUCCCUUCUGAUAGUAACAUGGACAUGUGGGCAAGCAUUGCAACCUGUGGGAAAAAAUGCCUUGGUCUAGGAAGAAAGCCAAGGGGGAGGGAUUACUUCUAUAAGAUAGGGAAUAAUUUCUUUUUAUGCUUCAUAUUUCUGCUCUACACCAGCAAGCUGCUUCACAAAUUCAACAGGUGGUUUUGGAAAGCAUACAGAAAAGCUGUCAUUUCAUUCCUUGGACUCUUACUGUAGAACAGGUUUCUACAGAGAGCUGCAAACUCACAGAAGAUGCUGAAUAUAUCCCUGUGCCUGUGCAACCUGCUGCCCUCAGCAGCAGGCAGCCAGUGCAGGUGGUGGGAGCAGUCAGGCCAUCCCUAAUGGGCUGUUUAUGGCUGGCACAGCCUUUUACUUUUGCCCCUUGUAUUGGUGGCAACUGGUGAGACAGUCAACACAGCUCUGAGCAGAGCAAACAGCUGAGCUAUCCUCCCACCGUCUCCCAAAUAUCCAUGAAUGGUGUUACCUCUACAUUUUAAUUAACCUGGGCUACAUAGAGAGGCACUAUUGUACAUUAUUAAUAUCCUUCUGUUCCCAGCAGUUUAAGAACUUGCUGGUAAUGGCUGUGGCAUGCAGCACAGGUUUGCGGGCUGCAUGUUUUAUUUUCCAUCAUUAAAUGGGAAGGAUGGUCUUGGCAACUUCUGUCCUACUUGCUGCAAAAGUAAAUGUUGGUUAUUGGGCAGAGUGGAUGCUUGCUGAUUUAAAAUACCUUGGGCAGCUCUCGUGCCAGCUCCCCCAUUAGCUGUGCAAUUAUGUGAACCUGAGGCUGCUGGCAAUCCAAACUGGGAAAACACUGUCUCUCACCUGCAUAGUUUGCUGGUGAACAUUUUGGUGCUGCUUUAACUCACAGGUCAGCAGCAUUGCUUUCUCUUUACUUCUUUGUACAUGUUCCCCACUGACAGCAGGAGAUACCUGUCCAGUCUCCCCCCUCAACAGUGCCAUGUAUGACCUGCCCAAAGUUUCUGCUAAUUCUGUGGAAGGGGCUCCCUGACACUGACCAUUGCAUACAGAUAUAUCUCAAUCAGCAGAGUGAAGCCUGUAGCUUAUUGACUUCCUUUUUGUGCUCAGAUCCUUUUGUAGUUUUGGGGCAAAAAGAAUGGGGUAGAGCAGUACUACCUUCAGGAAAGCACUUUGAACAUAUAGGACCUCAGCUGCCUCCCAACCCCUUUUAUCAAAAGUGGCAAGGAAGGUGGAAAAAGGCUUGUACUGAGAAGGAAAAUCUUCAUCACUUGUGGGUUAUGCCACCAAGAAGUGAAACUGUUUUAAUUACAAUGGCAGCUCUUGCUGCUUCUUUCCACUUGUGCGAAACAAGAAUUGCUGGAAAAUAUUCCAGACAUCUUUUUCUGGAGCCUGAGGGUAUGAUCCCAUCUUGACAGCUCUCUGUAGUUCAACUCAGGAGUGGAUUUUAGCAAUCACUUUUGAAGUAGGCAAAAGGCCUGUUUGACAUCCCUUAGGAUUCAAUGCUAGGGUUUUGGUGGUAGCAGACAGAGAAGAGGAACUACCACAUGAAAGAAAAAAAGAUGAAGAAAGUGUUCUUCACAUAUGGAGGGUGGAGAAGGAGACAAGAUAAGGGUUUCCAUGGCAACAUUCCUUGAAGAUAAGUAUUUUUAAAUCUGUGUGAAUUUUAGCAUUGAAAACACAGUUGUGUUUUCCACAAAAAGAUUUGGGGGAGGGCUGGAGUAGGAAGAAUUUUUCCCCCUGCUUUUCAGGUCAUUCCAGUUUGUUUUACAGAGGAGCCUGAACCCAAGCUAAAUGAAGUAUGUGUGAUUGCUAUGAUGUUAAUGCUUCUGUAAAGAAAGCCUUGCUUCCAGGAGGCAUAAAGCAUCAGUCAUAGUUCUAUAUCAGCACCAACAUCUUUGGCGCAAGCACUUGAUCAUCUCUUUAAUGGGAAAAGUAGUUUAAAUAGAUCAAGGCUAGACCAGUUAAAAGUCACAAGGACAAAUCUUGCAGGAUUCCACAUUAAAACUGGUGUAACUUGGCAUGAAGUCUUAAUUAUAAUUGAUGUACAGAUAAGUGAUAGUAGUAGUAAUGAGGUAGCUGAGACUUUUUGCCUUGGCCAAAGAGUGGAGGAUGAGAACUGAAAAAGCAGAGAAGGCAGCUAAAAUGUGUCCCUGGUGUGUGUCCCAGUUACUUCAAUGACAUCGAAACAUCCCUGUAGGGGGACAAGUGAUGCUCCAGUGACACUGCUAUGCAGGAAAUAUUUGCUCUUGAUAUGGGGUUGGGGUCACCUCUGAACCUCUCUGAAGCUUCUCUGCUCCGGUCUCUGCAUUGCUGAACCACUCACGGGCACUGGCACGCUCUGCUGCCACCUCUCUGCUGGCAUCCAGGCAGGUCAGCUCUGUCACAAGCCUGGCAGUGAGACAUCCAAUGCUGUGUGCCUGCUUGGCUGCCAACUUUGUAGUCUCACUAAAAAAGGCUAUUUUUUUUUUUAAACAGUUGCUUCCAACUCAGUGGUGACUCAGACACUGCAGCAAGGGUAAAGUGAUCAUCUUCCCCUUCAAAGCUUUACAGCAGAAGUCCCUGGGUAUCCUCUCUAAAUGAGAGCUUGCUGAACCCCACCAUCAACUGGAUUCAGAUCUUUAAUUUAACUGAUGGAACGAGAUGAUCCAGCAGUCCUGUGUACCUGCUGGCUCAGGGCUUGUGUUUCAGCAAUAGACUAAAUGAUUUCUACAAGUACUUUGUAUUCAGAAGCCCUGGGGAGGGGAGGCUGGGAAAGAAUGAAUAGUCAUAUAUAAAAGAGAAGGGGGCAAUUCACCCAUUAAGGCUCUUUCACUGACCAAAUUUCCCUGGGCCAUGAAUCCAGGAAAGGAACAAAAAUACAUUGGAAUAGUAAGAGAAAAACAGUCGUAUUUUGCUAUUUAUCCUUUGGGGUGAGGGACGGGAAGCAAAUAAGGGUGUCUAAAAAAGCAUAAUUCAUACUGUCAGAAGCAUGGAAAUUGGCACCUAGUAGUAUUGUUUCAUACAGAAGAAGCAAGGCUCAGAUCUAGCUAAGAUGACUUGUCAACUUCCCUACAUCUUCAUCGAUAGAACCUACCAGCAGCGUGGAAAAAAGCUGCACUUCUUAUGUUACUGUUGGAUCCUCUAUAAAGAUUCACUGUUGUCAGAUACAUCAUUUCUAAUUCUGGGAAUAAUAUGGUGCCCUGACGUUAGCACUAACGUGAAAAUGCAUACUCUGGCUUGGACUAAAAAGCAACUGACUUGCUCAUGUAGGACUUGUUAGAUUUUAGUUACUGAUUAUGUAUAUCAUGUUUAUUCUGUCUCUUCCUUUAAGACCACUGUGGUAUUUUGUGCUGCACUCUCAUGCUCUAGCUCCUUACAGCUGAACUGGAGAUGCAGGAAAACUGCCAUACCUAAAUAACACAAGUGCAGCAACUUCAGUAUCCAGUAUCCAGAAGCUGACUCUUCCUCCAUCCAUGGAUGCAUGAGAGCCAGCCAGGCACAGUGUCAGGGCUCAGGACUCCGUGGGCGUUAGACAGCACUGAUGGGAUUGCUGCUGUGCAGGGGAGCGGAAGAACUGCCUUGUUGCACCAUGUACGAGUGUUCUUACACAGCUCUAAGCUUUCACAAAUGCAGUGUCCAGGCCAAAAAGACCUGCCUUCUGGCAACUUGUCUGCAACCUGCAACUGUCCUACUUGGGGAUAAAGGUGUGGCAGAUUUGUUUCUGAACAUGUCCUGGCUUUAUGAGGGGGCUCUCCUGCUUUUUCAAGCCCUUCCAGAAGUCUGAAUGGGAGAAAGGUGCCUUAAGAGGAGAGGAGUGAGCUGUGUGAGUUAAUGGGAGCUGACAGGGAUGCCUGCAAGAAUACACCAUCACAUAUGAUGGGAAACCAACUAGACCCAUGCCCCACAUUCAUUGGUAAGCAAGAUAUUUGGGAACAGAGAGCGUGUUUGAAGUACUUAGUUCUUCUGCUGUGCAGAAUUCAUACUAAAUUUGACAGAGCCUGUGCCUUGAUUUGAUGAUACCAUUCUCCUAAAAGGAAGAAGCAAAUUGAUUGCUUGUUAACAGAAUGCUCUAAAUUAACCUCAGGCAUGGGCCUGGGCCUGCAAACCUUUGCAUGACUGUGACUAUUAUUUAUGCUGUAUGAUUGCAUUGAAUACCGCUGACUGUUCAAUAUAUUGGCCUGGCACAGCUGCGCUGAAAUUUUAGUUGUGGCUUUCAGUUGUUGGAAACGAGAUUUUUGAAGCUGUUUAGGUGUUUGGACUUUGAAUACCCCAUUAAGCACCUACUUGACUAUUUAAAUGCCUAGAUGUCUUUGUACAUCUAGUGUUGCCAUAAUGCAAAAAAAAAGGAAAUUAUAUAGAAGGUUUGCUGGGUCAGGCCUCUGGUUUCAUAUCCCAGCAGUGAUAACUAGGUAUAUACACCGUAGGUCACCGCAAACGUCUUUUCUGCUUGAGGAGUCUUGAUGGUGACUUUUACAUAGUAGAGAUAAAAACACUGCAAACAUACAUCCUGCAUUAGCCUUUAUGUAUUUUAUAGCUGUACUGCUCUAGUGUGGUAAACUGAGCUGAGCAAUCACAUUUUUUCAAUUAUCCUCAAGAACAGGAAAUCCUUAUCACCUCUGUGUUUCUUUCUCCCACUACUGCAGCAUUGGUCUUGAAAUUGUCACCACAGCUCAAAAUCCUCAUUCUGUAAAUUAAACUGUGAUUUAAAAAAAUUUUACAGUACAGCCUCCUCAUAAAACUCCACAAGUCUUUUACUGAUGUGACUCACUCAAUUACUCAUGUGGGCAGACGUUCAGAUAAUAAAAGUAGUUAAUGGAAA